AUAAGCACCGCAUGUUCAUGUAAAGUCUAUUUCAAGAAGUGCUAUUGUUAUUGCAGACGUUAGACGUAGAAAGGUGAUACAGAUAGUGCCUUCACCAUGGCGCAGUGGAAGGCAGCAGUCUUACUGCUUGCGCUGGCAUGUGUGUCUUACCGUGUUUGGGCUUCUGAAGAGAAGCUCGGGACUGUUAUCGGCAUCGACUUGGGCACCACCUACUCUUGCGUCGGCGUCUACAAGAAUGGUCGUGUGGAGAUCAUUGCUAAUGACCAGGGUAACCGAAUUACGCCUUCAUAUGUCGCCUUUACGGAUAGUGAGCGCUUGAUCGGCGACGCUGCAAAGAACCAGGCAACAGUGAACCCCAAGCGCACCAUCUACGAUGUAAAGCGCCUAAUUGGUCGUAGGUUUGAGGACAAGGAGGUGCAGCGGGACAAGAAGCUCGUCUCGUAUGACAUCGUUGAUAAGAGUGGCAAGCCUUACGUGUCCGUGGAUGUCAACGGCGAGACGCGUGUGUUUAGUCCAGAGGAGAUCUCCGCUAUGAUUCUCCAGAAGAUGAAGGAGACUGCCGAAGCAUACCUUGGCAAGACUGUUAAGCACGCCGUCGUCACUGUUCCAGCGUACUUCAACGAUGCUCAGCGCCAGGCUACUAAGGAUGCUGGGACAAUUUCUGGCCUGAAUGUGGUUCGCAUCAUCAAUGAGCCGACGGCUGCCGCAAUUGCCUAUGGCCUUGACAAGAAGGGUGGCGAGAAGAAUAUUCUGGUGUUUGAUCUGGGCGGCGGUACUUUCGAUGUGUCAAUUCUCACCAUCGACAACGGUGUUUUCGAGGUCAUUUCCACCAACGGCGACACCCACCUUGGAGGCGAGGAUUUCGACCAGCGUGUCAUGGAGUACUUCAUCAAGCUCAUUAAGAAGAAGUACAAGAAGGACAUCAGCGGCGACGCUCGGGCCCUCCAGAAGCUGCGCCGCGAGGCAGAGCGUGCCAAGCGUGCCCUUUCUAGCCAGCAUCAGGUUCGUGUGGAGAUCGAGGCCCUAUACGAGGGUGUCGAUCUAUCUGAGCCGCUGACUCGUGCCCGCUUCGAGGAGCUCAACAUGGACCUCUUCAAGAAGACCAUGGGCCCGGUUAAGAAGGCUAUGGAUGAUGCUAACCUGAAGAAGUCCGACAUCGAUGAGAUUGUCUUGGUGGGUGGUUCAACCCGUAUCCCGAAGGUCCAGGAGCUUCUUAAGGAGUUCUUCGAGGGCAAGGAGCCUAACAAGGGUGUUAACCCUGAUGAGGCCGUUGCAUACGGUGCUGCCGUCCAGGGUGGCAUUCUGGGAGGCGAAGGUGGUGAUGAGGUUAAGGACAUUCUUCUGCUGGAUGUGGCCCCGCUCUCUCUUGGUAUUGAGACUGUUGGCGGCGUGAUGACUAAGCUGAUUCCCCGCAACACUGUCAUCCCUACGAAGAAGUCUCAGACGUUUACUACGUACCAGGACCAGCAGACGACCGUCUCCAUUCAGGUGUUCGAGGGUGAGCGUGCCAUGACCAAGGACAACCACAAGCUGGGCCAGUUCGACCUAAACGGCAUUCCGCCAGCACCCCGCGGCACCCCCCAGAUUGAGGUCACGUUCGAGGUGGAUGCCAACGGUAUCCUCAAUGUCGCUGCGGAGGACAAGGGCACCGGCAAGAAGGAGAAAAUUACCAUCACUGCGGAGAAGGGUCGCCUAAGCCAGGAUGACAUCGAGCGCAUGGUGAGGGAGGCUGAAGAGUUUGCCGAGCAAGACAAGGCUGUCAAAGCAAAGAUAGAUGCUCGGAACCAGUUGGAGACCUACUGUUACAACAUGAAGAGUACUGUGGAGGAUAAGCUGAAGGACAAGAUUGAUGAGGACGAUAAGGAGAAGGUCCUGUCGGCGGUGAAGGAGGCCUUGGAGUGGCUUGACGAGAACUCUGACGCUGAUCCCGAGGAUUACAAGGAGAAGUUGAAGGAGGUCGAGGAUGUGUGCAACCCCAUCAUCGCUCAGAUUUACAAAUCGGGCGGUGGGCCAAGUGGAGACGACUCAGACGACUUGGGUGACCAUGAUGAGCUCUAAGCAUAUGAAUUUUGUCCUCAGAACUGUUGAGGAAAGACCGAUGACAUGUUUUCUCGUGUGACAUCUCGAUGUAGUGACUUUAGGUAGGCUUUCGGACAGCUGAACGGCAUUUACUAGCAGGGUAUCGAUCCGGCUAUGGCCUACAGCGGACUAGGUCAGUUAGAGCGACCGUGAGAGGGGGGGGCGAAAAGUCUGGAACAUUUUAACGAAUGAGAGAAAUGCUGGAGGAAUGGCUGCGUGCGUCUACCUGGACACAACCACCUUGCUGGCAGGCUGUCGUGGUAUCAGGUAUUUACCGCACGUUGCAGUUUUGCCGUAGGGCAUUGUAAAAGCAAUGUCGUGCAAGUUGUUGAGUUUCGACUGGAAUCAGGUCCUGCUGCCGCAAUGUACGGUUCCAAUAAAACGCGUGCGUCCGUUCAGCGCGUUUCAUUAAACCGGAAACGUUUCACUCUCAUAGAAAACACCAUGCAAAAUAGGUCCUC